UGACAUCUCUCAGCCGCACCGAUCAUUAUGAUGGUUUUGAGGAUGCCUUCAGAUUAUAAACGACGCAAACACAACAGCGCAUUUUUCAUCAAUAGACAAUUCCCCAUAAAAUAGUGAUGACUGCUGCAUUAUCCACCCAACAAAGAUGUCUUCUCUUUGAACUUUAACACCGCGGAGACCAAGCAGGAGGUACCCUCAGCUCUUGAAUUCCUACGAACCACACAAGCCAGAUGGUCAUAUGAUAUUAAACCCCGCGGGGGUAACCCAUGCUUAAAUCCAGAUUUUUUCCCGCUGUUAUUAUGACUCUUUUCAGACUGAGGCUUCCUUUUGAUUGAUGGUGAGCUAUCUAAAUACAUAUAUCCCCUCUCUGUAAUGUAAUUCCCUCUAGAAAUUUACAUAAUAGUGAAAUCCAGCUAACAGUCAGUUAACAACAUCAAGUUAUGUCUUUGUCUUCACCAGUGAUUAACUGUUUAAUACAACUAGAUUUGAAGAAAGACACACCAUCUAAAUAAACGGACAUCACUUGCUGAACCUCAACAGGAACUAACUAGUUAGCUGCAGCACAGGAAAUGUGGUGAGGUUCUGUCCCGGAUGUUGGUUGCACCUGAAGGAUGAGAGUUGCAAAGUCGACAUAGAAGGAUGUAAAUGAAGGUGAAAAUAGACUUAUGUAAGGUGUUUUCAUGUCUCCCAUGCUUGUCCUUGCUUUGGCACAGCUAAUGUUUUUAUUGUCAGUCUGUAUGUUGCUAGACAGAGGCUGUUUGUCUUGCAAACAGUGAUGACGGUAAAGGUUUUGACUCCUUCACGGUUUGCGGGUGAGGGUCACAUUGGUGCAGGCUGAUAAUAAUAAACAGCCUGUUAAAAUGAGCAGACAGUCAAACAAGAUACAGCCCAUAAACUCCACCCACCACCAUGUCUACUCCUCUUUCUUUGCAACUAUUCUCACUUUCUGCACUUUCCUCAGGAAGUAGAAAUGCACUCUAGCAUUGCAAGUACUGUGCACUGGAGAUUAUUGUUAUCAGAAAACAAGCCAUCUGUAAGACACAAUCUUAAUUGGAUGAUUUUUAACACAUGAUCUGGCUACACUUACAGUCGGGAUAGUUAUAAAUCUGUCAUUUGUUACCCAAAUGUCAACCUUUUUUUAGCUACAUGCUGUUUUUUCAUUACAACCUCUCUGACCAAAAACUGACUUGCAAAUGGAGGAGGAAGACUUUUGCUCCUCCCUUCCUGAAGCCACAAAUUCAGUUGUUUUUGCGCCUUGCCAAGAAUCACGGACCUCAACAGAACAUCAAUACCUCAAUGGACAAAUAGAUGAUGUGGCAAAGGAACAUACGGAGUUGCUUAUAACUCAGGAAGAAGAGCCAGAACAUAUUUAUUUCCACACAGCCCACAAAGGUACUGCAGCUGAAACGGAGACUUGGGAGCAAAUAAUAUGGCCAGUUUGCAACACAACACCACCGUCCCUGGCUGCAGAGGACUGGGAUAUGUCCAGGCCAAGCUCUGGGACGCCUCCACAUGUGACGGACAAAGUUGUGGCCAAUCAACCCGACUCGGAUGCUCUGACACAAGCUUUCAGCGCUUCCUUCCCUAUUCAUUCUGAAAGUGUUCAUAGUGAUCUGUUCAAAGAAGCUGAGGCUGAAGAACAAGACGAAUUUGAUUCAUGGCUACUUCUCUGCUCUGAGUCGGAAUGGAUGGGACCCAAUUUAAAGCCAUGUGACACGGAAAGCACGAAAGCACAUAGAACACAGGAAGAGGAACAUUCGACGCACAAGCUGUUAGACCAUGCAUUUGGUACAUCACUGAGGACAAGUGUACAAGGGGAUAAAAACAGAGAAUCUGUUGAAGCAGACUUCAUUCACAGUUGUGUAGAAAUUCAAUUUGCAGAAUUCAUAGAGGAUGAUAUUGAGCAUUUAAGGCUGGUAGAAAGUCCAGAUAAAAGUGAUAUUUUGCUGACUGGACAUACAGAUUUAGAGGAAGAACCAGCCUUAGUAAAUGGUGAUGAAAUUGCAGCAGGAGACCGGGACGAGGGUCAGCUUGUGACUAAUGAAGAGGCCACAGCUGCCUGCCAUCUGAAUGCAGUGGAAGUCACUGCUGAGGUACUGCGAAGUGAGGAAACAAAUUUCAGUAUAAACACCGAUAAGCUAAUCGAUUUGCAACAGCUUCUGGAGGAUUUAUCACUUCUGGAAAAGACGGUGACAGAACAAAACAAUUCACACCAAUUUUGUGAGGAGUCUAGUGAAGCUCCAGUCAUGUGCAAAGACGUAUAUCAACAUGUGUGCAGUGAGCAGGCUGAUGAAGAAGAGCAAACUGGGGUCAGUGAAGUAACUACACCGGCAGCUGAAAGCACCACACAAGAAAACUCUUUGGAAGCAUUUAAUCUGCAGAAAGACUUUGACUCUAUGACUGACAAUACACAAAAAUCACAAAAUACUGCAGGCAAUCAGGUUCAAGAACAACAUGAUGAUCCGUCACCUACAGAAGAGGUGGAGGGUAUCCAGAUAAACACCUCAUAUAGCCCCACUCCCCAAGAGAUUCUCGCUGAUCUCAAAGUAACGGAAAAGUUUAGAACAAAACAUAAUAAGAUCCUACAUGAGGUUAAAAAGGAAGAAGCUAUGGAAGAAAACAAAACGUUGCUUACAGAAAAUACUGGGGAAAAUGUAGAGCAAAGUAAAGUCAACCAAACUGUGACAGCACACAUGAAUGGAGAAGUGGACAGAGACGAGGCACGCCUUUUGGCUGAUAGGCUUUUUAAAUUGGACGGCAUCCAGCGGAAAGAUGUGGUCAAAUACCUCGACAAAGACAACAGCUUCAGCCAUGCCGUUGGAGAAGAAUACCUGAAAUACUUUGACUUCAGUGGGCAGACUAUGGACCAGGCCCUCAGAUCCUUUCUCAGUGUGGUAGUUCUCAUCGGGGAGAGCCAGGAGAGAGAGCGGGUGUUGCAGCAUUUCUCCUGCCGCUAUCAUGAGUGCAACCAAGGCUCUUUCUCCUCUCCAGGGUCUGUAUUGGCUCUUACAUGUGCUAUGAUGCUUCUCAACACUGACUUGCAUGGACAGCAUGUGGGAAAGUCUAUGUCCUCCUCCAAAUUUGUGUCCAACCUUGAUGGGAUGAAUGAAGGAGAAAACUUCAACAAGGAUCUUUUGAAAAGCUUAUACAAUUCAAUAAAGGCUGAGCCACUGCAGUGGGCAUUAGAUGAGGAGGAAUUAAGCAAUGUAUUGUUGGAAGAAGACAAUGAAGAGGUUGCACCACUUCGUUCAAAAGCCAAUCCUUUCCUUAAUGUCCCACAUGACAAAAAUGCAGUAGUUAUCAAACAGGGAUUUCUCCAAAGGAAGAUUCAUGCUGAUGUUGAUGGCAAACGCACUCCUUGGGGAAAAAGAGGCUGGAAGAUCUUUAAUGCUAUGCUGCGCGGAAUGGUUCUUUACUUCCAGAAGGAUGAGUACAGAAGGGAGCAGCAGAUCAGUGAGGAAGUAGUGAGCGUCCAUCAUUCUCUGGCUGAAGAAGCUGCAGAAUACACCAAAAGGCCACAUGUGUUUCGUUUGCAGACGGCCGACUGGAGGGUGUUUCUCUUUCAAGCUUCAUCCAGAGCGGAGAUGGCUUCGUGGAUUAAUCGCAUUAACCUGGUGUCAGCACUCCACUCAUCGCCUCCUUUCCCUGCUGCUGUGGGCUCCCAAAGGAGAUUCUGUCGGCCCAUUCUUCCAGCCUCACAGUCUGCUAAUACCCUGGACCGUCAGUUGCAGUCUCAUGUGGGAAUGCUGGAAUCCUUCAGAGCUGACCUGUCAUAUCUCCAUGAAAAUCCACCAGAGGGCAGAAGAGCCAAAGCCAAGGAACUGGAAGAGCAUCGUUUGAGAGCAGAGUACCUGCAACAUGAGAUUUGUCGCUAUGAGGCCUACAUUCAAGUGCUGGAGGUCUGGAAGAGCGUGAAGACUUCAGAUGACAGCACAAUAAACAGUGCAGAGCUAGGCCACUUUGACAGAAAAAUUUGUGCUGAGGUUUUAGAGGAAGAUGAAGAAGGGGGACUGAAGAAGUCCCACUCCAGCCCAUCUCUGGAACUGGAGGUCACUGCUCCUGCUGUGGUCAAAGUUAAGCGGAACAUUUCAGAACGUCGAACAUAUCGCAGGGCUGUUGUUCCCAAGUGGAAUAAGGAGGAUUAAAGUGUUACACAGAGAAAAACUUCAUGCUGAUUUAUAAUAUAGAAAUUUCUAGUGGCACUGAGUAAACUACCACCAAAGUCUUAUUUAAAUCUUACCUUGACAGGUAUUUUAUGUUAUGCACUUUUAAUGAAGCAUCCUCAGGGGAUCUGUUACAAAGUCUUUUAGAUUAUUAUAGAAAACUAUUUUAUUUUUGUCAAUUAUUGUUUGUGGACCUAUAAUUUAUUUUGCUUUUUAGUGGAUUUCCAUAUGGUACAGACUGGACAUGUGACAUUAAUGUGAGAGUCAACAGAGGGUGCUGUUGUACAGAAGUGAAUGCUGUCAGGUACUUUCCAAGUCAAUUGCACUUUUAUGUUUUAUGAUAAUUUGUCCAACGUGUAUGUUGUGAUAGUCACUUUUUAAUGAAGGAUUUAUUUUUAAUGUCUGUCUUCCAAUGUUAUUUUCAUUUUUGUAUAAAAUAAAAUGUUGCCUGAUAACAA